AUGACAACGAAGCUUGAAGACAAGCAUGCAGGGAAUGGGGACCUUGUAGGAGAGGGUCAGCCAUACCUGGGUGAGAAGUAUCAAACGAAUGGGAAACCAGUAGCAAAUGGGAGAGGUGAAAUCUCUGUAAAGCAGGAGGCAAAUGGAAAGUGUGGCGUGCCCAGAAAAAGUCUCAACAUGUACAGCUGGCAGGAGAUCCAGAAACACAAUCAGAAGGCUGAUCAGUGGCUGGUGAUCAAUCGCAAGGUCUACGAUGUUACUGGCUGGGCCAACAAGCAUCCAGGGGGGAGCCGAGUCCUCAACCACUAUGCUGGGGAAGAUGCCACGGAUGUCUUCAGAGCCAUGCACCUGGACCUUGACAUUGUAAAAUUGUACCUUAAGCCGCUGCUCAUCGGAGAGCUUGCCCCAGAAGAGCCUAGCCAGGAGAGACACAAAAGUUCCCAGCUGGUGGAAGAUUUCCGAGAAUUGCGGAGAACAUUAGAGGCCAUGAACAUGUUCAAGGUCAACCCAGUGUUCUUCUUCCUUCACUUCGCCCAGAUCAUGAUUUUAGAAACUCUGGCUUGGCUAAUAGUGUGGCAUUUUGGCAGUGGCUGGCCUGUGACAAUAUUCAUCUCCUUCCUUCUCACAAUUUCCCAGGUUCAGUGUUUUCUUCUGCAACAUGACUUGGGACACAUUUCUGUAUUUCCAAAGUCCAAGUGGAGCCGCUUGAUGCAAAAAUUUAUGAUGAGUCAUCUCAAGGGCCUGUCAACAUGCUGGUGGAAUCACCGACACUUCCAACAUCAUGUAAAAACAAACAUCUACCCCAAAGACCCAGAUAUUAAUACAGGCCCACUUUUUGUGAAUGGAUAUUUGAAGCCUGUCCAGAAUGGCAAGAAGAAAAUCAGUUACAUCAACUAUGAAAAGCAGCACCUGUGUUUCUACAUGGUUGGGCUCUUUCUCCUAAUGCCUGUGUAUGCCAACCUGAUGUCCAUGGAAAUGAUAUACCUCCAAAAGUCUUGGGUGGAGUUUGCCUGGGUCAGCAGCUUUUAUAUCCACUAUUUUAUCAUGUUUGGCCCUUUUUAUGGAAUCUUCGGAACCAUAUUGCUCAUAUUUUUGGUCAAGUUUCUCGAAAGUCCCUGGGUAGCAUAUGUUACCCAGAUGAGCCAUGUACCUAUGAGAAUAAGCAAAGAGGAGAACCGGGACUGGCUCAGCGCUCAGGUCUUGGCCACCUGUAAUGUUGAACAGUCCUUUUUCAAUGACUGGUUCACUGGGCAUCUGAACUUCCAGAUUGAGCACCAUCUGUUUCCCACAAUGCCAUGCCAUAAUUAUCACAAGGUGGCACCCUUGGUGAGGUCGCUGUGUGCCAAGCAUGGAUUGCAGUAUGUGAACAAGCCCCUGUUGAAAGCAUUUGGAGAUAUCACCAGGGACUUGAAGAAAUCUGCAACCCUCUGGAUGGAUGCUUACUAUGAAACAUGA